UCAUCUUUGAACAUCAAUGAAAGACCAAGGAUGGCAUUCUUCAAGCAACAGAUGGUGGAGGAUGUUUAUGAAAUUGGGGAAGAGCUAGGAAGUGGCCAGUUUGCUAUAGUGAGGAAAUGUCGAGAAAAAAGCACCGGUGUGGAGUAUGCUGCCAAGUUCAUUAAGAAGCGUCCGAGUCGUGCCAGCCGCCGUGGCGUGAGCCGGGACGAGAUUGAACGGGAGGUCACGAUUCUGCAGCAGGUCCUGCACGCCAACAUUGUCAAGUUACAUGACAUCUACGAGAACAAGACGGACGUGGUCCUCAUCCUUGAGCUGGUUUCUGGAGGAGAACUUUUUGACUUCCUGGCACAGAAGGAGUCUUUGAGUGAAGAGGAAGCAACCAGAUUCAUAAAGCAGAUUUUGGAUGGUGUGAAUUACCUUCACUCUAAGAAAAUUGCUCACUUUGAUUUAAAGCCUGAAAACAUUAUGCUUCUAGACAAGAAUAUCCCUAUUCCACACAUCAAACUCAUUGACUUUGGUCUGGCUCACAAAAUAGAAGAUGGAGUUGAAUUUAAAAACAUUUUUGGAACUCCAGAGUUUGUAGCUCCAGAAAUUGUAAACUAUGAGCCACUUGGACUAGCUGCAGAUAUGUGGAGCAUAGGAGUCAUCACCUACAUACUGCUCAGUGGUGCAUCGCCUUUCCUUGGAGAAACUAAACAAGAAACACUUGCCAACAUCACAGCUGUGAACUAUGAUUUUGAUGAAGAAUUUUUCAGCAAUACCAGUGCCCUGGCAAAAGAUUUCAUUCAGAAACUCCUGGUGAAAGAUACACGGAAGAGGCUUACCAUCCAGGAAGCUCUGUCUCAUCCGUGGAUAACGCCCGUGGACAAGCAACAGGCUUUGGUUCGGAAAGCAUCUGCCGUUAACAUGGAAAACUUCAAGCGGCAAUACGCGCGGAGGCGAUGGAGGCUUUCUUACCGCGUCGUCUCGUUGUGCAACCUCCUGUCUCGUGCGCUGGUGGAAAAGGGCCUAAUACAGGAUGAAAGUUCGAGCAACUGUGACAGUGACAGUGAGGACCCUUCACAAAGAGAAGCUCCUCAUCAGAGGAGAAGCAGCAUAUCAUAA